CUUCAGAAAGCUUUUGAAGAAGGAAAGCUACAGGCAGGUCUCAACUAUGCUACGCCAGUGCCAAAGACGUGCAUUAAUAACAAGGACGGGAUGAAGGCUAAACUCACAGAGCUGAAGAUUGAUUUGAAGUGGGUGGAGAGGAUGGACUCGGUAAACGACCCGGCACCGUUAGCUCCAGAGCUGGAAGCCGAGGGAAUAGUUGCAGAGGAUGAGAUCAGUGCCGAGGACGAAUUCAACCGUGAGCUCAGAUUUUACAGGCAGGCUCAGGCGGCCGUGCUGGAGGGCGUUCCCAAGUUACAGAAGCUCAGUGUGCCGACGAGACGACCCGACGAUUAUUUCGCGCAGAUGGUGAAGUCGGAGGACCACAUGAAGAAGAUAAGACAGAAACUACUGAGUAAGAAGGUGAAAAUGGAGAUGUCUGAGAAGGCCAAGAAACUCAGAGAGCUGAGGAAAUUUGGCAAAAAGGUUCAAGUGGAGGUGCAGCAGAGGAGACAGAAGGAGAAAAAACAGAUGCUAGAGUCGGUGAAGAAAUAUCGCAAGGGCACCACCGACAACCUCGACUUCCUCAACGGUGACGUGAAGGGUGACAACAAGGCUACCGCAUCACAGCAGCAGGGACGUGGCAACAAGAAGCGCGACUACAAGAACAAGAAGUUUGGAUUCGGCGGACAGAAGAAGCGCAAGAAGUGGAACACCGCCGACAGCUCGGCCGACCAACGCGGAUUCAAGCGCUCCAAGAGUGGAGAGAAGGGCCGCGUGAUGGUAAACAUGAAUAAGAAGCGUCCAGGAAAGAUAAGGCGUCAAAAGGAACGGAAUAAAAAAUAGUAGAAGAGAAGAGAAGAAUGUGAGGAAGUGUUUUCUGUAAAUAUUAUUUUCGUAAAAAUAAUCAUGGAUGGCAUUAUUGAGUACAGUAACCGUUUUGUAUGCGGUCAAUUUUUGUCUAUGCAAACAAUGUACAAAAUGCUGUCGUCAUAGGGAGGAAAUAUGAAUAAAUUCACAUCAUCCCUUCAAAUUA